AAUAGUUUUAAAAAUUUUCAGUAAUAAUUUGCAUUAUUUUUUCUUUCAAAUGAGUCAAAAUUUAAGUUUUUCAACAAGAAAAGAUAGAAUAUCCAAACUAUCGGCAAUUUUCUAUCGUCAACCUGAAUUAUUGUAUAAAAAUGCUUACAUCAAUUUUUUACGAGAAUUUCGUAUCAGACAUUUGGAUUUAGAAAUUCCCGAACUUUAUCAUGAAGGUGCAGUUGCAUGGUCAAAACUAUCCGAUAAGGAAAAGAAGACUUUUCGAUAUUUGGAUGUAAUUAAGGAUGUAAAACUUCGACGAGCUAUGAAAGAAAAAUUAGAGAAAUUAGAAAAAAAGCGUAGAAGAGCAAAAUCAUUAAUUGCUCGUCGAACGAUACAAAAAAAUAAAAGAAAACUCUAUCCUUUUCGAACUAUUAUUAACCGACAUAGUCAAAGAAGAAGUCGAAUUGACAAAAAGAAAACAAAAACUCGUCAAAAACCUUCAAAGGAAGCUGAAAGAAUUCGACAAAUUUUUGAAAGUUUGAGAAAUAUAGGCAAAAAGCCAACAAUUGGAAGACGACGUCAGAGAAGAAGUCAACGAAGACGGGUGCGGCGACAACGUGUUCGAAGGGGGAGACAAAUCAAACGUCGAAAAUAACUUCUUUUUUUUUGUAGUCCCUUAAAGACCUCUUUCCGGUCUAAAUCAUGUCAAACAACAACAAGUCAUUGUCCCGAAAUCAAUUUCUAUUUAUUGUUUCAAUAAAUUCGGCAAAACAACAAAAUAAAA